AUGGCCGAGGAUAGCCCCGCGCCGGCAACCGCCGCCGCCACCGUGACUGAGGUCGUCGUCGUCGCCGCCGCCACCGCCGUCGAGGAGGAGAAGCCGGUAGCGCCCGCGAGCGUAGAGGAGGAGGAGGACGCCAAGGAGAAGACGGAGGAGGAGCCUAAGAAGGUGGAGGAUGCGGCGAUCGGUUCGUCCGCUUCCUUCAAGGAGGAGAGCAACGUCGUGGCCGACCUGGUGGAUCCCCAGAAGACGGCGCUCGAGGACCUGAAGAAGUUGGUAGAGGCCGCUCUGGCCAAGAACGAGUUCUCGAAGCCCCCGCCGCCGCCGCCUCCUAAGGAAGAGGAGAAACCUGCCGAGAAAGCAGAGGCAGCCGUCGCCGAUCCCCCCAAGGCUGAAGAUCCCCCUGCAGAUCCGCCUGCGAAGUCUGAGGAGCCCUCUGCAGAGCCACCGGAGAAGACGGCGGAGGAAACCCCCAAGGAGGAGAACAAGGAAGAGGUAACCCCGAAGACUGAGGAAUCUACUCCCCCUGCUGAGGUUGAGCCGAUCGCCGCCGUCGCUGAGACGAACGUAGAGGCGACGGCGGUGCCGGUGGCGGAGGACGCCGCUCCGCCGCCGCCGCCGCCGCCGGCAGAUGCGACUCCCCCUCCUGCCGAGGCGGAGGAGGUUGCUCCAGUUACUACUCCCGAGGAGAUUAGCCUAUGGGGAGUCCCUCUGCUCGGGGAUGAGAAGAGCGACACGAUCCUCCUCAAGUUCCUCCGCGCGCGCGAUUUCAAGGUGAAGGACGCGCUUGAGAUGAUCAGGAGCACCGUGAUAUGGAGGAAGGAGUUCGGGAUCGAGAAGCUCCUGGAGGAGGACCUUGGUUUGCCGGAGCUGGAGAAGGUCGUCUUCAUGAACGGGAUCGACAAGGAAGGCCACCCCGUCUGCUACAACGUUUAUGGGGAGUUCCUGGACAAAGAUCUUUACCAGAAGGUGUUCUCCGACGAGGAGAAGAGGAAGAAAUUCUUGCAGUGGAGAAUCCUCUUCCUGGAGAAGGGGAUCCGUCAGCUGCUGGACUUCAGCCCCAGCGGCGUCAGUUCCAUGGUUCAGGUCACGGAUCUGAAGAACUCCCCCACGCUCUUGAAGAGGGAGAUCCGCCUGGCCACCAAGCAGGCACUCCACCUCCUCCAAGACAAUUACCCCGAGUUCGUCGCCAAGAAGGUACUUCUACUUCCAGUCAUCUUCUUCGUCUUCCUGCUUCUCGAAGAAAACCUAAUUCGGAGCUGUGUCAUUGGGUGGUGAAUGCUCUCACCAGGUGUUCAUCAACGUGCCGUGGUGGUACCUGGCUUACAACCGGAUGAUCAGCCCCUUCCUGACCCAGAGGACCAAGAGCAAGUUCGUCUUCGCCGGGCCGUCCAAAUCCGCAGAUGCCCUCUUCAAGUCUGUGGAGCACCUCUGCGCCUCGUCUUCUUCUUCCUCGGCUUAAGCUGAUACCCCUUUUUAAGCUUCUCUCUCUACUCAUCUCAGAUACAUCGCUCCUGAGCAAGUUCCGGUCCAAUUCGGAGGUCUCAGCAAGGAUAACGACUCUGACUUCGGUACCUCCGAUCCUACCACCGAGAUCACCGUCAAACCUUCCUCCAAGCAUUCCAUCGAGAUUCCCGUGUCUGAGGUGGGUCGGGCAUCUCCUUCUUCUCCCUUCUCGCCGCUGUAAAAGCUUCGGGCUCUGAAAAACCAUGCCGAUGAUCCUCCAACAGGUGGGCUCUCUUCUCACCUGGGAGCUGCGCGUCCUCGGUUGGGACGUCACCUAUGGCGGAGAAUUCGUCCCCAGCGCAGAAGACGCCUACACAGUGAUCAUCCAGAAGCCCAGGAAGUACUCCCCCGCGGACGAACCCUUGGUGAAGAACAGCUUCAAGAUCGGGGAACCGGGCAAGGUUCUGCUCACAGUGGACAACGCCAGCUCCAGGAAGAAGAAGAUCCUCUACAGGUCCAAGAUCAGCCAUUCCUCCGACUGA